UCAAUGGUAUUUUUGGAAGGAAUUACUCAUGGAACAUCCAUCAGUAAUUCAUCAAAAGAUUUCCAUCUUUAAAAUAAUUUUCAAAAUUUUAAUGUAAAUUUAGAAAACCCAUUGAUAUUUUUCUUAAAGCAUACCUAAAUACUAGUGAAAUUUCAUUGAAAAUUUUGUCAAGAUGUUCCAUAGAAAUUAUCAAUAAAUGAAAGUUGAUAUUUCGAAAGAAAAUUUAUGUCGAUAUAUAUCUACUAUAGUUUUAUCUGCAAUACUUGUACCAAGUAUAAAUCAGAGAAAAUUCAUAGUACUGGCCAUGAGAAAUAGUGAAAGAGGCGCGAGAUUUUGGAUGGGAUGAUGGUGCAAUGGAAGGUGGAGUUGCUCAAGCAUUGAAUUCAGAUAAUAUUAGAAAAACGAACAACAAGGCAUAAAAAAAAACCCCCACUUGAAGAAAAUCAUUGACUGAAAAUAUAAAAGGAAAAUAGUAGAAGAAAGCGAAUGUGGGAAAAAGUUUUGUCUGAGAUUAGUAGAAGAAAAGAAGUAAGAAUAUUUAAAGGGAGUAGUCAUUGGAGCGAAAGAGAAAAUAGAAGAGAUGCAAUUAGGAGAGAGAGAAAUUGCGAGAGUUGAAUUUAGAAGUUACUUCAUACUUGAUAUGUUCAACUGAGUGAAAGAAUUAUCACAAAGAAUGUGGUACGUAGUUUUGAUGGUGAAAGAGUAUGUAAUGGCAUCUUGAAACGGAAAGGGUUAUGGCAAAAAGUAGGUAUACAAUGGUUUUUUCUAUUGAAAACGGGAGAGGAAUGAGUCAUGGUACUGAAAAGAUGUGAUAUGUAAUAGGUACUCAUAUUGUUUGAGUAAAAGGUAAAACAGUAAUAUUGUUAAUAUCAUUAGGGUAAAAAAGUAAAGAAAGUUCUGGGAACAGUCGUAACUUUAUAUAUAGUAUACAAUUUUACAAAAAAUUAUGUCCAGAAUACAAUCAUAGUUGUGAUACAUGUGAAUCCAUAUACCGCCAAUCAAGCUGCUGUUUCUUUGUGCUAAUUAUCGAGGCAUUUUAUAAGCCAGAAAGUCGGCUGGCUUGAUUGUAUUUCAUCGAUAAGGAUCAUAAUAAAAUAUUUAGUCACUGUUACAGAUUUGACUAAUGUUAAACUAAUAGACUAAUUAAUUACUCGAUGAGGCGGAGAGUUGCAGGCAUGGGGGCGGGUUCAAUGGCGUUUUUCUCUUGGAUAUUUCUGACAGUUAGCCGGCCAAUGCUUCAAAUCUCUUAAUAUUAUAGGGGAACUUUGCUUAUUGUCUCAAGCACUUGUUUGUUCCCACCAGCGAAAUUAAAACCAAAAAGAAAAGCAAAGCGUAUCCGAAUGACUAUAUAGAUAAAGAAUAUACCUAUAAACUUCUCUUCACAUUUAUGCAUAACUUGUUCUCGUCAAACUUCCUCCACUAAAUAUAUAGACAGAAAAAAGGGAUUCAAAGGCAUACACACACAGUUCAGUACUCUUGUCAUCUGGAACCCCUUUUCCAUGGCAGAAGCAUCCACAUUUCUCGAUACGAGGAGGCAUGCUGUGGUAACGGGAGCAAACAAAGGAAUCGGGUUAGAGAUUUGCAGGCCGUUGGCCUCAAGAGGGGUGACGGUGGUCUUAACUUCAAGAGACGAGAAGAGGGGUCUCGAGGCUGUUUGCAAACUGAAAGAAGAAGGCUCUGCUGCUCCUUCCGGAGAAGUAAUUUUUCAUCAGCUUGAUGUUACCGACUCCACAAGCAUAGAUUCACUGGUUGAGUUUGUCAGUACCCGGUUCAGAAAGCUGGACAUUCUGGUGAACAAUGCAGUGAUUGGUGGAAUCAUUAUAGAUUUUCAAGCCCUUACAAGUGCUGUUGAGCGUGUUGGUGGUUGGCCAACUGAUGAAGAGGAGUGGAAAACGAUGUCUACCCAGACCUACAAAUUGGCCGUAGAAUGCCUCGAAACAAACUACUUUGGCGCAAAAAGAGUGACCGAAGCUCUCCUUCCCCUGCUUCAACAGUCGAGUUCUGCAAGGAUCGUCAAUGUCUCUUCAGACUUGGGACUUUUGCAGAAUAUUCCCGGAGAAUCAAUCAAUGAUGCCCUGGGAGACAUUGAGAACCUCACAGGAAAUCGGAUAGAGGAGAUCCUGAAGAAAUUCCUUGAAGAUUUCCAGCAGGGUCAAUUAGCAGCCAAAGGCUGGCCCGAGACUAUCUCCGCAUACAAGCUGUCCAAAGUAGCUCUGAAUGCUUACACAAGGCUCCUCGCAAAAGAGUUCCCAACCUUCCUUGUGAACAGUGUUUGCUCGGGCUUUGUCGAGAUCGAUAUAACCAGCAACAAUGGACUUUUAAGCGCUCCUGAAGGAGCAGAGGGCCCUGUUCACCUGGCUCUUCUCCCAGAAACGGGGCCCUCUGGCCUCUGCUUCUUCAGGAAAGAAGUCUGUUCUUUCUGAGAAACAAAGCUUGUCUGAUUGAAUAUCUGGCAAUAAGACCAAAUAUCAUGUGCCAAAAGAGGAAUGGAUUAUGACAACAAUCCGUUGAUAUUGAUGUAAUAUACAUGCAAACUGUUCUGUGCACUUUCACAAACUUUCAGAAAGAUCUUUGUCAGGCUUCUCAGUA